AGGGUUGAUUGGCUGUGAAAUGUUCUCUGGGCGGUGCUCUAGUCUAUGUGAAAUGCCAGCGCUUGUGGAGCGGUGCCUCUCUGCAUUGCAACGCCGCGGGUGGAAGAGGAGAGACACACAGAGAGACGCUAGACUUUUCCCCCACUCCUUAGUCCUGCUCCAGAGACACUUUGAUUAAUGCCAGGCUCGGAGAUGAGGGGCGCAAGGACCAGAGUGAAGACCACCGCCCUGGUAGCACUGAUGGUCGUCUCCCUGCUGCUGAUCUUCCUGUGCGCUCUCUUGAUCCGGACCUAUACAUUCAGCCCGGGGGUUGCGGGCGACCAGCGCUGGGCCAGCGACCACCCACCAGCACACGCCGGCGACUUCAGCCCCCGGGAGAAGCAGCAGAUGCUGGCAGCCUUCAAAGCAGCUCUUCGCAUCCGCACCGUGUCCAGCGGCAAACCCCAACACAACAACACAGCCCUGGAAGAGUUCGGACUCCAUCUAUCCAAAGCCUUCCCAGCCGUGUUUUCCUCGCGUGUGGUGCAGCACGAGACCAUUGCCAACUACAGCCAUCUGUUCACCGUCCGCGGGUCAAACAGCUCUCUGCAGCCCUACCUGCUGACGGCCCACCUGGACGUUGUUCCUGCCGUCGCUGGAGAGUGGGAGGUCCCACCGUUCUCCGCGGAGGAGCACCACGGCUUCAUAUACGGACGGGGAACCUUGGACGACAAGCUGUCUGUCAUGGGAAUUCUCCAAGGCCUGGAAUUGCUGUUGAACCGAGGCUACACGCCACAGCGAUCGUUCUACAUUGGAUUAGGUCACGAUGAAGAGGUUGGAGGGAACAGCGGAGCCAAGAACAUCGCCUCCGUCUUGCUGUCCCGAGGAGUGAAGAUCGCCUUCCUCCUGGAUGAGGGGUCAGCCAUAUUGGAGGGCGUUAUACCAGGAUUGGAGAAACAGGUUGCAGUGAUCGCCACGUCCGAGAAGAGUUCCGCCACCAUUGGACUGACCGUGACGACGGGCUCCGGACAUUCCUCGAUGCCUCCGAAAGAGACGAGCAUUGGGAUCCUGGCAGCAGCAGUGUCCAAACUGGAACGUAACCCGAUGCCCCGAAUGUUUGGCCAGGGACCAGAGCGAGGGCUAUUCGAACACCUCACUCCGCAGCUUUCAUUCCCUCUGAAUAUGGUCAUGGCGAACCUGUGGCUGUUUGGCCCAUUGAUCAGCAGGAUGUUAGAGAAAAAACCAUCGACCAACAGUCUUGUGAGAACUACCACCGCAGUGACGGAGUUCCAUGCUGGGAUUAAGGCAAACGUGAUUGCUUCCUCUGCCCGAGCGACUGUGAACUUCCGGCUCCACCCGGCCCACAGGCUGGAAGAGCUUCUCCAGCAAGUCCAGCACAUUAUAUCGGAUCAACGGGUUAAGAUUGAAGUUCUCCAGUCCGAUCCUCCGAUCCCAAUGAGUUCCUAUGCAGACGAUGCAUUUGGCUAUCAGCUGAUCAAAGGGACAAUUGGCAACAUAUUUCCUGAGGCGGUCAUUACUCCAGGUCUCUGCACAGCAAGCACAGACACCAAACAUUACCGCAACAUCACCACAGAACUCUACCGAUUCACCCCAAUGAUCUUGGGGGAGGAAGACAUUUCUCGGGUACACGGUGCCAAUGAGAGAUUAUCUGUACGGGGCUAUGAAGAUGUUGUUCAGUUUUACUUCCGUUUUAUACAGAACUCUGACUCCUAGUCGCUGGGAUGGGCAGAGAAGGGAUGGACAGAUGAUCAUGGAACUAUGCAAUCUUGAGAUUUUCCACCGCAUGGCACAGCGGGAAACAAAGAUCUCACUAAGCUAGCUAGUAGAUAAUUCUCUCCCUCACUGGUUUGAUAGUGACAAAGGGUGAAGUGGCAACCUGUGGCCAGUUAAAUGGCAGAUGAAAGCAUUCUCUGCCCGUCAAUGCAGUACCCACACAUCAAGCUAUGCACCAGAUCACCUCAUCCAUCAUCCCCAACAAACGGAUUCAGAAACACUGCGGCUUUAGUUAAGCAGGUGAGAGGCUGAACACAAGUGGGAAUGUUGAGAGCAUUUGGUGGCCUGGUGCAUGGAAUACAAGCACCCUGGUUUACAAAGACAGACACGGAGUGCUGGAGUAGCUCAGCGGGUCAGGCAGCAUCUCUGGAGAACAUGGAUAGGUGACUAGAGUUAAGGGAUACAUUAUGGAAACAGUCCCUUCAAUAGACAACCGAGUCAAUAGUCAAUAACUCUAUAAUCUAGAGUUGAAAUAUUUAUCCCCACUCAGUGACAGGGACCACAGAACAACUGGAUUGGCAUAAAAACCCAACUGGCCCACCAGCGUCUUUCAGAUAUAGAAAUCAACCUUGUCCAAGGAGUUAUGCCCCUGUCCCACUUAGGUGAUUUUUUUAGGCGACUAUAGGCGUCUAGGCUGUCACCACAUGGUCACCUGUACGGUCUCCUCAGUCGCCCACAGAGUCGGACCUUUUUUCUGGUCGCCACUGGAUUUUGAAAUGUUUCAAACUUUUCAGCGACGGUCGGCAACAGUUGGCUCGUCGUAGGUUGUCGCCAGGGUGACGUAGGUUGUCGCCAGGGUGACGUUGGUUGUCGCCAGGGUGACGUUGGUUGUCGCCAGGGUGACGUAGGUUGUCGCCAGGGUGACGUAGGUAGUCGCCAGGGUGACGUAGGUUGUCGCCAGGGUGACGUAGGUAGUCGCCAGGGUGACGUAGGUAGUCGCCAGGGUGACGUAGGUAGUCGCCAGGGUGACGUUGGUAGUCGCCAUAGUUACGUAGGUAGUCGCCGAUGCUGACCAAUGAAUUCCAUUGGCGACUACCCACGUCAACCGGCGACAGGUACCGGCGAUUGAAUUGUCCUCAGUUGUUGCCAACAGGGUCGUAGCUUGUCGUA